UCUCUAGCUAUCGAGGAUCCGGAAGAACCACGAAGAAACUCUUUGUUGUGAACAAUAAAUCCCGAUCUGUAGCGCACUGUAGCACGAAACACCACCGGGCCACAACUACACAACCGGGCACGACUCACACCGUCAUGCAAUCGCUCCCAUUCUUCUGCGCAUUUCUGGCUUGAUUCUGCUUGCAAGACGCCCAGAGCAGCAAAUUUGUUGGUACUCAUCAGGGUGUGAGCUUAAUCAAAUUGGGAGUUGAAUGGUGAUGGAUGUGCCCUUGAAAAGUCAAUUAUGAAGUUUCGAUACACCAGAAUCGUGAAAGAUGAUGACAACGUAAAUUGGAAAGUUCAAGGUUGAUAUACUGCUACUCAAAACAUCGAUCACUGAUUGAUGCUGAAAAACUCUCCCAGCAAUGGUUCGAAUAAUUAAUAGCAGCAGUGAACGAUCCAGAUCCAGAUGUGGUCAGUCUGGUCCAGUAGUCCAAAUUGACACCACUCCUGUCUGAGUGUCUGGUUCAGCUAACACCAUGGACAACAGCUCUUGGCAGCACAGAGAGCUCAUAUGCCUCAUUCUCUAUGCUCUUGUCUUCUAUGUUAUCGUAAUUUGUCGCUCCCUCCACCUUUCCCAUGAUCAUUAUGGAACCCUUUAUGGUUUGCGUCCUGGUUGGAUUGGGGGUUGGUAUAAUGAUGUCUCCGAUGCACAAUGGAGAAAUUUCCGUACAAAUUUACCCAUUCUUACGGUCGUUUUUGGUAUUUUCACAAUGGUGGCCAAUAUAAUGAGGGCAUUCUAUCAUCUAGAAGCAAAGGGAAUGUCAAUUGUUUGGCUUUUGAUAUCUUUGGCUUAUUUAUUGUACUUGCACGGAGCUUGCAUCAUCUUUGUCCUCUUUAUUGCUGUAGUUAAUUUUCUCCUAGUAAAGAUAUUUGGAAAGAAAAAGUACUUCCCAUUUGUACUUUGGGGUUUCAACAUAUCUGUUCUUAUAUGUAACCGUGUUUUUGAGGGUUAUCGGUUCUCCAGUAUUGGGCAGCAUUGGGCUUAUUUGGACAACUUCCGGGGUUCCUUUAGAUGGCAUAUCUGCUUUAAUUUUGUUACUUUGCGCCAGAUAAGCUUUGGGUAUGAUUAUCAUUGGGCAUGUUGUAGUUCUCGGUUGGAUCAAAAGAAGCACAUUCAAAGUUGCCGUAAAUGUUCAUCAGGACAAAAAUGCUUCCUGCUAUUACAGGAGAGAAACCUCCAGAACAAUAAUUUCUCCUUGGCUGUAUACCUAUGUUAUUUGAUAUAUGCUCCCCUCUAUAUUGCUGGACCAGUUCUAAGCUUUAAUGCAUUUGCGUCACAGUUAGAUACCCCUCAGAAAAACUAUUCACUCAGGGAAGUGGCUUGGUAUGGGUUGCGCUGGGUUUUUAGUCUCUUACUAAUGGAAUUAAUGACACAUUUAUUUUACUACAAUGCCUUUGCCAUAAGCGGCUUGUGGAAACAGUUAUCUCCCAUGGACGUUUUCAUCAUUGGAUACGGGGUUCUUAACUUCAUGUGGCUCAAGUUUUCUCUAAUCUGGCGCUACUUUCGCUUCUGGUCGCUUAUCAGUGGCAUUGAGGUGCCUGAGAAUAUGCCAAAGUGUAUAAAUAAUUGCUACAACUUAAAUACUUUUUGGAAAAGUUGGCAUGCUUCUUUCAACAAAUGGCUUGUCAGGUACAUGUACAUUCCUCUUGGUGGUUCUCAAAGAAAGCUGCUCAAUGUAUGGGUUAUCUUCACAUUUGUCGCCAUAUGGCAUGAUUUGGAAUGGAAACUUCUUUCGUGGGCAUGGUUAACAUGCGUAUUCUUUGUCCCAGAAAUGAUUGUGAAAUCAGCAGCAACUUCUUUUCAGGCCCCCAGUGCUUUUGGGGAGUUUGUUUUUCGUGAACUUAGUGCACUUGCUGGUGCUAUCACAAUAACUUGUCUCAUGGUGGCUAACCUUGUUGGUUAUGUUAUUGGACCGUCAGGCAUGAACUGGUUGAUUUCUCAAUUCCUCCGAAAAGAAGGCCUACCUACUCUUGGAGGCAUGUUUCUUACAUUUUAUGUUGGGACGAAGCUUAUGUUCCAUAUCCGUGACGCCAAGCAAAGGAAAGACUGAAGUUAUAGGUGACAAGGUUUUUAUUUAUUGCCUAACAGUGCAGAAAAAAAAAUACUACUUGCCAGGCCAUUUGGAGUAGAAAAGCAUGUUUGAAACAUUUACAUAGCAAAUUUUGUUUGGUAACAAAUGGUUGUUAGAAUUUGCGUUUAACGUUGUGCACAAAAUAGGGGUAUGAACUGAACUGAAUUGAAUAGUGCUAGAGUAUUCGAUUCAGUUUCGAUGUUUGCCUUGGUUCCUUUUUCCAUAAUUUUUGCAGAUCUCUAAAUACUUCUCUAGUUAAUGAUCUGGCAACUUGGUUUUUCACGGCAUUGCACAACGUGCAUUUGAAA